AUGCAGAUCUCGCUGGCCCUACUCUCCUCCGUUCUGAGCGUCGCUCUCGCUGCUCAGAACAUCCUUGCUGCCCCUAGCCCUUUGCCUUUGCCUGGCGUGGACAAUGAUUUGGACGGUGACAAGCAGCUCAAUGAUGGCCUACCUGCCGACAUCUUUCAUUACAUGGGUCAAUACUCUCCUCGUUACUUGGUGAAAGACGAUACGACCUUGGUCCCUCCGGGCUGCCAAGUGUCCGCAGUCUCAUCCCUUGAGCGUCACGGAGCACGUCAUUUCACUUCCGGCGCUCUCAAGAACGCUCAAGCCACGCUCAAGACGCUCAAGACGGCUCUAUCUCCGGCCGCAAAUGUGCCUGAUAACCUGCGCUUCAUUGCCAACUACACCAUUGGUACCGAGACUGGCAGUCUGGUGCCAUAUGGCGCGUUGCAAGCUUAUCUCUCUGGCAAGAGCACCGCAAAAGUCUACCCGGGUUUGUCGGGACGCAACGCAAAGCUGUUCGUCAGGUCUUCUGGCGACGAAGCGCUUGGCGAUGAUCGUGUCAUUGUUACCGCCAAGUAUUGGAGGCUCGGCUUCGAAGGCAAACCGUUCCCCUCUGGUGAUUUCAGCACGUCGGCUCAGAUCCGCGCGGCGCCCGGUCUGACCGAGCCAGACGUCGUGUUUAGCGAAUUGACUGGUCAGAACAAUACGCUCGACGUUUCUACCUGCACGAAUGAAAACAAUCUCCCCUCCAGUCAAGGAGAGAGCGGUGCCCAAAGCCGCUAUGGAGCUUCGACUCUGGUGCCUACCAUUGGCGCGAGGUUGCAACAAGUCAUCAAGGACGCUGGUGGUGCCAACGUCACGCUGACCUACUCUGACAUUUUGAACAUCGGGAAUUUGUGCAGCUUCGAGACUCUGGGUCUCUCGACGGUGCAAUCUGGAUCCCUGCAGCUACCCAAUGGAAAGAUCUCGCCCUGGUGCAACAUCUUCAAUAAUGACGAAUGGCCCUUGUAUGGCUACGCCUUGGACGUGGGCAAAUGGACUGGAGCAGGGUAUGGCAAUCCGUACUACAAAGCUCUGGGUCAAGGAUACAUCCGAGAGCUGUUGGCUAGAUUCAACGGGAAGCUGCCUCCCGCACUUGACAAGCCUACCAGUCUGAACUCGACCAUCGACGGCAGCAAUGCUACUUUUCCGACCCCGCCCGCCAAGACGAUCUUCUUUGAUGGCUCUCACGAUAACACUUUCGGCCUUUUUGACGGGCCAGCGCUCCAGACAAGCUCCCACGCCGAACAAGCCCCCCACAACUGGGUCUUCUCGAGAAUCGCGCCAUUGCAAGGCAAAAUCGUCUUCGAAAAGAUCACGUGUGGCGUGCCUAACACGCCAUUGCCACUGUCACAAGACUACCUUCGUAUCCGAGCAAAUGGAGCGAUACAGUCUCCGAGCAACGCGUCUUGGUGCCCAGAUGCCGGCCUUGACCCCUUAUCGAGACUUGGCCUUUGCAAACUGUCUAACGUGAACAAGGCACUCGACUGGGUCAACACUGACACCGAAUGGCAAAAGUGCUUCGCUUAA